CUACCCAAAGUAAACAGAUAACAUAAAUCAUACUAACUCAAUGGACAACACUUUGUAAGAACUCGGUAACUGUAUGAAAUGAAUUCAAAACUACCUCAUUUUUGGUCAAAAAGUUCUGUUGGUAGACACAGUGAAGGUUUAAGGCACUUAGUGUUCUUAGCAUUUACAAUAUCACACCUGAACGAAGUGAACAAAAAACAAUUGUUAAAAGUUAUAGCACUAUUGAUGAUGUAUAUUUAAUUAACCAAUUACACUUUUUUUUCUUGCUUCUCUUUUUCCUGCCUUGUGUCCUGCUGUAUCACAUAUGGAGUCAAGAGAAAUUUAGAUAGAAACAUUUUCCUCUUGUAUUUCUUUCUUUUACUGGCUUGGACCUUAGGUUGUUGGCGCGGAGCAUCAGUCCUUUCGAAACACUUCAUCAAAUCAGCCAUAGUCUUUUUUUUUCUUGGGAUUCUUUGUUUAUGAAUUUGUAUAAACAAUGCUUAUGUAAAAAUUAUAUAACUUAUAAAUUCCUAACCAAGGCUUUAGUUUUCUGAAUCCAAAAUUAAAUAAAACCAAACACCAAAUCAAAGCUGUCAAUUCCAAAAUUAAAUAAAAAGCAAACACCAAAUCAAAACAACAAAUCACACUUUUUGUUAUUCAACUUCAUCACCAACAAUCGAUUCAAUGUUUGGGAGUGUCUCUUCUUCACCAUCAACUUCAUCUUCUGCAAGUUUUCAUAUUUGGGUUCUCAGAGCAGAGACGCUCUUUGCCUGAACCCGCAUGUUUUUAUCUGGAUAAGAGUUUAUAAAUGAGUAAGAUGAUAUGUGAUUUGUUAUUAAGAAGAGGGUUUGAGAAGCUUAUCCUUUCAUACUCGUUUUCUUUCAUUCGUGGAGGUGCAUUUUUCAUGAACAAUUUAGUGAAUAAGAGAACAAACAAAUCGCAGUCGACAGUAUUUUUUUUGUUGUGGACACAGGUUGCACAAAAAGAAUCACAUAAGAUAAUUUGACUUCUCAUGUGUUUAUAUCGUUUAAUUAUUUAAAUCCAUAAGAAACCGUUUGAAAGAACCUAAAAUUUGGAGUCUAAAAAUGAAUUAUUCAGAUGAUAUAUAGUGGAAUAGAAACUUAUAUCUCAUCAUUGGUAUGUUUAUGGGCACAUUACAGCUGUGGACAGAGACAACACAGACACUCUCAUGCCGGAGAGUGACACAAUCUUCCCAAGUCUUCAAACGGUAAUCUGAGACCAAACCGUUGACUUUGUCAUUAAUUUUUUAUGCUAGGCACAAGAUAUUUGAUCCAAUGAUUACCAUAAAAUUACUAUAUAUAGACAAAAAUGUGCACCUCAACUUUCUUAUCUAACAUAAAACUCAGCAAAAUAAACGCAUAUUCCUGUUCUCCUCAUAAGGCUUAUUUCUAGAUAUUCAAAUUCCAGGAUCUCCAUGGCUAUCCACAAGAUCAUCUUAGCUUCGUUUAUAGUCUACUUAAUGAUCCAGUUUAGUCAUGGUGCUACCAAAGAAAGGCUCUUCUCUGACCUGGAGAAAGAUGCACUUGACGUUACCGCUAAACCCAGCCGACAAGGCGUUUUGGAUGCCGGAAUUGACAAGUUGAGCAUUACAUGGAAGCUAAGCUCCACAGCUAAAAAGCAGGCUAAUUUUACGACCAUCAAAGUAAAGCUAUGCUACGCUCCGGUCAGCCAAGUUGACAGACCAUGGCGCAAGACCGAAAAUGAACUUUUCAAAGACAAGACCUGCCCACACAAGAUCAUCACCAGGGCCUAUAAUAAAUCAUCUCAAUCAUUUAAAUAUACCCUCGACCGCGACAUCCCCACCGGGACCUACUUCGUUCGUACCUACGCAGUUGAUGCCAAAGACCAUGAAGUUGCCUUUGGACAAAGCACGAACGAGGCCAAGACAACUAAUCUGUUCAGCGUUCAGGCUAUCAGUGGUCGCCACAAGUCCCUCGAUAUUGCCUCCGUCUGCUUCAGCGUCUUCUCCGUCCUAGCUCUGCUCGUCUUCUUCGUCAACGAGAAGAGGAAGGCCAAGUUAGAGCAAAGAAAAUGAGUCGUUUACUUCGCGACCGCGUAAUUGCGACGUUUUGCCUUUGAAUUUUUUUAUCAGUUGUUUUUGUUUUGUUCGUAGUUAUCUAUUUUGUACCUUUUUCUUACAUGUUUGUAAGCCAUUCAUGAUGAGCCAAAACCUAAUCCUACGGUGGUGAACUGGUGAUGUAUUGUGUGCUUUCUAUAUUUUUAAUACUAUUUUUGAUGUAUAUUCAUAUACACUUUCGUCACAAAGAUUGAUAUUCUUUUCUUUAUGGUAGAAGAAAAAAUGAGUAAAAAUAAACGUUGUAUUUUUUUUUUUUUUUGACGUAUG